AUCACAGAUUACUAGCACAGAUUACUUAAUUGAUUACUUAGUCUGUGUUACUAGUUAGUCUGUGGUUCUAUCUUUGAAUUGACAAAUGUGCAUAGAAUAAUAGUCAAAUCUUUAUGGUUCUCAUUUUUUGUUAUGAUUUCUAUGAUUAUUACUAAAACCACAGAAUAAUCAUAUAUUUCUCCUAAUAAAGCUAUAUAAAUGAAUAUGGAAUAAGAGAUUUAGCAUAUUAACUUUUUGAAUCGCAAAUCAUUUGUAAUAAUCAUCGAUCACUUCAGCGAACCCCAAUAACUUGAAACAUAACCUAACCUUAGAUUAUAUUCUGUGUCUAAACCGUUGUUUAGAAGAAAACGUUUUUUCUUCUUCAACCCAUAAACAUAUUCUGUGUUCUGUGAUAAUCAACUUCAAUUUAAUACAUUGUGGCCAUUAGUGAACUAACUGUUUAUCUACGAGGCAACACAAACACUGUGUCCGCUUCGCCUAUAUAACAAAUAGUUUAAUUCAGUGUUUGAGGGUGAAAUUUCGGUGAAGUGAAGUGGUAACACUGAUGAAAAUAAGAGUCGCCGAUGUGACACUUAUGACUGAUAGAAAUAUACGAGUGAGCUUGUAAAUAAAUAAAUAUGAUUAUGGCUGAUCCAUUAAGUUUACUUCGUCAAUAUAAUGUUAGUAAAAAAGAAAUCAUUGAGAGACAUGGACAAAUAAUAUUUGGGGAAUUUUCAUGGCCCAAAAAUGUAAAAACCAAUUAUUUGAUGUAUGGAUCGGGAAGAGAAGGAGAGAAGGAAUAUUACACUUUGGAAUGUUUACUUUUCAUUUUAAAAAAUACAAAUUUAACACAUCCAGUAUAUGUACGAGAAGCAGCUGGAGAAAAUAUACCAGUUGUGAGGAGACCUGACCGUAAAGAACUAUUAGCAUAUUUAAAUGGAGACACCUUAACUUGCUCUGCUAUUGACAAGAGUGCCCCACUUGAGCUUCCAACACAAGUAAAAAGAUCUGCUGAUUAUGAUGCGUCAGAUAUUCCAUCCAAAAAGCCUCGUUUGGAGGAUUCACAUGUUCAAAAAGUUCGAGAAAAACUUGCAGCAAGGCUUGAUGCACCUAAAGAAUCAACAGUUACUGUCACGAAUAACAUAAAAUCUUUAUCAGAGGCUAUGUCAGUUGAGAAAAUUGCUGCAAUCAAAGCUAAACGUUUAGCAAAGAAAAGAACAACAAUCAAAGGUAAUGAUGACAUAGGCCAGAAGUAUGAUAUCAAAGCCAUUCUAGAAUUUGACGUUGAUAUAACGAAAGAUAUAAUCAGUAAGGAAAGACAAUGGAGAACUAGAAACACUAUUUUGCAGUCCACCGGCAAAACGUUUGCCAAAAAUAUCCUUGCAAUGUUACAUAGUAUUAAAGCUAGAGAAGAAGGAAGACAUAGACCAGUGCCUCAAGCUCCUAUCAUAACUCCUCGUCAGACUCCUAUAAGACCUGCUGUACAACCAUCAGUAUACAGCAGGUACGACCAAGAAAGGUUCAACAGACUGAAAGAAGAAACUGAGGGAUUCAAGAUCGAUACUAUGGGAACCUAUCAUGGUAUGACGUUAAAAUCGGUGACUGAGGGAUCUGCAAAAGCUAAGCAACAAAUGCCCCAGCCUCAAGCGCCUGUAGCUGCAAGCAAUAACAGGCCACCACAAAGUGGCAUUCCACCAAAAAAAGUAUCUAGGACACCUAUCAUUAUCAUUCCUGCUGGAGCCAAUUCGUUAAUAUCAAUGUACAACGUGAAGGAUAUUUUGCAAGAUUUGAAAUUUGUUACAGUGGACCAAAAGAAAGCUGGAGGUGGUAAGAGAGAUAGUGAAGUACUGAUUCAGAGAAGAAGGAAUGAUCAAACCGUUCCUUAUCGCGUGGUAGACAAUCCAGCCAAGUUGCGUCCCAUCGAUUGGGAUAGGGUGGUUGCAGUUUUUGUUAUGGGUCCAGCUUGGCAAUUCAAGGGUUAUCCCUGGGAGAACCCUGUAGAAAUUUUUGCAAAAGUUGCUGCUUUCCACUUGAAAUACGAUGAAAUGAAGAUAGAUGCUAAUGUUGCAAAAUGGGCAGUAACGGUUAUUGAAUUAUCCAGAACUAAACGGCAUUUAGACAGAGCUGCACUGAUGGUAUUUUGGGAAAAAUUAGAUAAGCAUAUAAUGCAGUUCAAACCUCAUCUUAGAUUCUAAGGAAAUACAAUUUUGACUUGUAAAAUAGAAGAUUCAAAAUGAAAAUAAAUUUGUUAGUUUUUAUUGUUUAGUUUGUAUUUUAACUUUUGUUCUCCUCUCAGAUUUUUUGAACAAAUUGAUGAUUUGUACCAUACUUUUCGUUUUAUUUUUUCGCCAAAAAGAAAAAUAAAAAGGAAAUACAAUUUUGACUUGUAAAAUAGAAGAUUCAAGAUGAAAAUU